GCUGGCAUUUGAUUUCUGACUGAAUUCAAGAACUUUGGGUAGUGCGUUAACACGUAGCUUUCACUUACUCUUGCUCUGGGUUUGAGUCUGGACAGUUUUCACCCCCUCCUCCUUCCAGAUCAUUGCACCACUCUGUGUGACUGACAUAUUGUGUGUACAGAGCUCAAAGAGCCACCAGUUGUCUUGGGUAGAGAGGCAGGAGGGGAGCUGUGCUUUCUAGCUUUGUGAUGGGAACAGUUCAUACACAAACAGUUCUCUUUGAUUAAGUAUCUGGUGAAACCAUUUUGCAUGAACUCCAAUUAAACUUUAAUGAACAAGUGGGUGUAUUAAUAUCAGCUGAGUAAUGUAGGCAGCACAGAUUCCAGUAAGUGACUCACUUCUCUGAGCAGCUCAUUCCCCAUGCACGGUUAGAGUUACUAGAAAGCUUCCAGCUGUAUUGGAGUGGAUCUGGUCUGGGCCUUGCAAUGCUAGCAAUCCUCGGGACUUGUUAUUCAUCUCGUGACAAAACCACAGUUAUCCAGACCUCUAUUUUCAGAACAAGGAUAAAGGAUGGGGAGCCUUGUUCACAUGGAGCAGUUUAGGCCCUUUGUGGAGCAGUGACCAUUUGGGCUUUUGUUUUCUCUGCCUUCCUAUUAUUUGUUUUGUUUUUCUCUAGGUGGAAAUUCUUUUUUUCCUAAACCUAAGGACGGUGGAAAUGAAGGUGGAACACUUUGUUUUGAAAGUUUUCAGGUGAACUUAGUCUCCCUGAGUCUUCCUUCUAUCUGCCCUUGGAAUGAGGAGUCUUUUGGGGCGUGGACCCUGUUCUGUGUAGAGACAGAUGACUCUAUUUCCUAGGAAAGAUAACAGGUGAAUGAAUAUAGUUUAGCUGUUAGGUUCAGGCUUGGCCCAUAAUCAGUUCUCAGCACACAUUUGUUAACUUGGACCAGUGGGGGAAGAUUUACAGAUGAACAGGGCUCUGUUCUGCACCCUUCAGAAGCUCAGAAUCUCCGUGUGUUUAAUAUACCAAUGCCUGUAAUUGCGGAGUAAUAAAUAUUGGAAGCUUGGGAGAGAUAAUGAGCAGAGGGGAUUUCAGGAAUGGGGAGGUCACAGAGGUGGGCUGCAUCUGAAAAGGCUCAGGUGAGGGUGUUAACAGGUAGGGGCUCAGGAAGGUAGUUUCAGGGUCACCCAUGAACAGGAACAAAGGCUGCAAUAUGGAUGUACCCGAGUGUGUGAUAAGAAACAUCCAGUGUGGUUAGAGGUGAGGAUGUAUUGGGCUGGGGGCGUACUUGGGACUGAGUUGGACCUGUACUUUGUCCAGGAACCUCAUUCCUAGCUCCACUGGUGGUGCUCUCUCCUGUUCUGUGUCUUGCAGGCACAGCAUCCGGAAUUAAUUUUUCUCUGUUCCUGUAAGCUAACUCCUCUCUCAUAAGGGAAUGGACCUGUGAAACUCUCAGUGUUGAGGAGCUGGGAGUACAAAGGUCAAAUAGGUAAAUUCCAAAGCUUAGGAGGAAGAGGCUGAGUUGCACAUGCUCUCUUCUCUGAACCCAAGGAUUGGGCAACUCAUUCCCUCCUCUCCUGUGGCAGGAGGCCAAAAAAAAAAAAAGGGAAAAACUAAAGGCUAUUUCCAAAGUAGGAGGCUGAACAGUAAGGCAGGGCCAGCUUGUAGAAGUGAGGAGACAGGCACAGUUUUCUGAGUAAAGAAUGAUGUAAUUCAGGCAGGUUAAUCUACUUAUGCAACCCUAAUUGAAGGACACACUUAGCUAACUCGAGUAUGAGUAAACAGAUCUUGUGUAACGCUGUCAAGGUCAGCAGUGCAAGAAUCAGAUCCAACUCAGAAAUCACUGCCACCCCACUGUGAAGUAUUGUGGAUAUCACUUAUUAGGAUCACUCCCAGACAUCUUUUAGGGACUGUGAUAGGAUAAUGAAAUCCAAGAGGAAAAGGCAUGCUUUACAUUAUAAUACCAUAGGUAGGAGUAUCUAAUUGAAUCGAUAAAUCAUUUAUGAAGUUUUGAAGAAAGCAGAAGGAAUUCUUCCAAAUUAAAAAGAUUGAUAGUGCAAAGCAGGAACUAAUGGUUGCUUAUAGGAAACAAAGAAAUGAGUCAAUAGCUUAUUUAGCAGUUAAAGAUAAGUAAGAGUUAAUCUGAUUGAACAUCUACAGAGAUCACUAAUUAAAAUCUAUUAUUUCUAUUUUACAGGCAAGAAAACAGAAACAAAUAUAGAGAUCAUUAUCCAAGGACACUUGGGUUGGGUUCAUUGGCCAGUUUAAUUCCUAGUUUCAUUUUGGGGAUUUCACAUAGAAGUGAACAGUUAGAUUGGUUAUAGAGACUCAUGGGACAGUUGAGUUGGAUUUGGUUUUGACAGUCAAAGGUAUUGGGUAGUUGUGCUGUUAAGUUCUCUGCUUUGUUUUGGUAGAUGAGAUUUGAUUAGAAAUGUACUAGCUGUAAUGAAUAAUGCGUCUUUGACAAAGUUCUUCCAUUUCAGGGUUUCUUUGGAGCCUAACAUGUCAGCAAUAUUUAAAGUCACUUAUAGAGGACAGGUCAUCUCUCAUCUACCUCUUAUCAUUUUUUCAAGACAAUAAAAAGAUUAUAUGGAUUAGUAGAUUAGUUUUCCUGAGGCAAAGAGCCUUUGCUAACCCAAAUUUCUGCCCACAUCGCCCUGUUUUCAGCAUUACUUUGUGGAUCUUCUUUUCUGGACAUCUUUGACAGACCACCCUGCUCUCUUGGAGGCAGCUUUCUCUUUCCUUUUCCAGAGUGGACCCUACUGUACCAUUCUGGCCCGUCUCUGGUCCCUCUUCUUUGCAUACCAUGAAUGCAGGUCUCUUGCGGAUACUGGCCUCUCUACUCCUCAGCUUUCCUUACCUGUGGUUCUGUUGAGCAUCCAUCCUGAUGACUGUGUCACACAACAGUAGACCUCAGCAGAGUUUGUGGAUAUGAUUCACUUAGGAGAGUUUUACCAGAAUUCACUCUGUUAUCUUUAAACCUUUGGAUGUAGACUGGGAAAUUUGCAUUUUAAAAAUCCUUCUUAGAAAAUUGUGAUAAUCCUUCACAGAAUCUACUGCUAGCAGUCUACUUUUGUGUGUGUGCCUGUAUGUAUGCUUAGAGUAAAAGCUUUUAAAAAGACAUUUAAGGCGUUGGUAUCAGAAAGAGAAAGACAUGGGGCAGGAAAGUGAGAAGGUCAAACUAAGGGUGUGGUCUCAGCUGAAGAGGAAGCUAGCUGGGGCUGCAAGGGAACAAAAGCUCAUCCUCCUGAACCCCUGCUUGUUUUCUACCCCAGGAUCACCCCCCAAAUGACUGUUUGUUCUGCCCAGCAACACAUUUGCUCCAGCUUGUACAGUUCUAUGGAAUCUGUUCUAGAAGUUUCCAUGGUGACAAGAGACUGAGGGCAGGAGUUCUGCAGAUCAGCCCCGCUGAAGAUGAGGAUGAUAAUGAAACUCUAUCUUAUUCUAGAGACUUCAAAGAUUCCCUGAAGACCCAACUUUCUGUUUUUUGCACCCAGACUCAAAGCAAGGUCACUUUUUUUUCUGGAUAAUCUCCAUAUGAUUAAUCUGAUGGAGGCUUUUAAUAACAAACCAAAUUUUGGCAAACUCAGUCAAUUCCUUAGCAAAAAAAAAAAAAAAAAAUCAGACUGACAGAUGGCUAAUUUACUGACUGGCUGAGGUGAAAGGGAGACCACUUUUCCUUCUCCCAGCCUUGGACUCUCCCUGGGCUUUUUGGGGCGUACCAGGUGAAGACCCUAUUAUAAGUUUGCAGUUGCAUCGUCCUUAUUUCAAAACUACAGACUUGAUGUUACCCUCCUUCUGAGGAGCAAAGCAUCAAUCAAUUCUAAUGGAAAAAGCUGUUUGAUGAAUGGGACAGGAAAGUGUCACUACAGUCCCGACACCAGCAUUUCAUUUGGCUGAGCCCCCUGUCUGCUGCGCUUUAGACGAGCAAGCGAGCUCCUCCAGAUCUCAACUAUGUCUCAUCCAACUUGGCUGCCACCCAAAAGCACUGGUGAGCCCCUUGGCCAUGUUUCCGCGCGGAUGGAGACCACCCAUUCUUUUGGGACUCCCAGUAUUUCGGUGUCUACACAACAGCCACCCAAGAAGUUUGCCCCAGUUGUGGCUCCAAAGCCCAAGUACAACCCAUAUAAGCAACCUGGAGUUGAGGGUGAUUUCCUCCCACCGCCUCCUCCACCUCUAGAGGAUCCCAGCAUUCUUCCAUCUGGCUCUGGAAACUUCCCUCCUCCACCACCUCUCGAUGAAGGUGUCUUCAAAGUGCAGGCGAAUCCCGGAGGAAAGACCCUUGAGGAGAGACGCUCAAGUCUGGAUGCUGAAAUUGACUCCUUGACCAGCAUUUUAGCAGACCUUGAGUCCACUUCUCCGUACAAACCUCGGACUCUGCAGGGCUCUGCUAGUUCAACAGCUUCUCCUCCAGUUGCCACCCCUGUCACAGGACAUAAAAGAAUGGUCAUCCCAAACCAACCCCCUCUAACAGCAACCAAAAAGUCUACAAUGAAACCUCAGGCUUCACCCCAGGCUGGACCCAUCCCUGUGGCUCCAAUUGGAACCCUCAAACCACAGCCUCAGCCGGUCCCAGCCUCCUAUACCACAGCAUCCACCCCAUCAAGACCUACCUUCAACGUGCAAGUGAAGUCAGCCCAACCCAGCCCUCACUACACAGCUGGCCCUUCAUCAGGACAAAUGUAUGGCCCUGGGCCCCAUGGCUAUAACACUCAGCCAGUUCCUGUCUCGGGGCAGGGUCCACCUCCCUCAAGCCGAGGAGGCACAGAUUAUGGGUAUGUUCCACCACCAGGACUUCAGCCUGAGCCUGCCUAUGGUUAUACCCCCAACCAAGGACGUUAUUAUGAUCCCUAUUAUACCACAGGGCCAGGGUAUGGGGGCAGAAAUGACUCGGAUCCUGCCUAUGGUCAACAAGGUCAUCCGAACACCUGGAAGCGCGAUCCAGGGUACGCUCCUCCUGGGGCUGGGAACCAGAACCCUACUGGCAUGUAUCAAGCCACUGCUCCCAAGAAGACCUACAUCACAGAUCCUGGCGCCACUCCUGGGGGACCCUCACUGCAGCCAAAGGGAGGACACACAGGGCCUGUGGGGCCUCCAUCUGCUCCCCCUUCUUUCCGCCCAGAAGAUGAGCUGGAACACCUCACCAAAAAGAUGCUGUAUGACAUGGAAAAUCCACCUGCUGAUGAAUACUUUGGCCGCUGUGCACGCUGUGGGGAAAAUGUGGUUGGGGAAGGCACCGGAUGCACCGCCAUGGACCAGGUCUUCCACGUGGACUGUUUCACCUGCAUCAUCUGCAGCCACAAGCUCCGCGGGCAGCCUUUCUACGCUGUGGAGAAGAAAGCCUACUGCGAGCCCUGCUAUAUUAAUACUCUGGAGCAGUGCACCGUGUGCUCCAAGCCCAUCAUGGAGCGGAUUCUCCGUGCUACCGGGAAGGCCUAUCACCCUCACUGCUUCACCUGCGUGAUGUGCCACCGCAGCCUGGAUGGCAUCCCCUUCACCGUGGACGCCGGUGGCCUCAUUCACUGCAUUGAAGACUUCCACAAGAAAUUUGCCCCCCGAUGUUCUGUGUGCAAGGAACCGAUCAUGCCAGCCCCAGGCCAGGAGGAGACUGUUCGCAUUGUGGCUCUGGAUCGUGAUUUCCAUGUGCACUGCUACCGCUGUGAGGACUGCGGUGGUCUCCUGUCAGAAGGAGAUAAUCAAGGCUGCUACCCGUUGGAUGGACACAUCCUCUGCAAGACCUGCAACUCUGCCCGCAUCCGGGUGCUGACCGCCAAGGCGAGCACUGACCUUUAGAUGUAGUAGCUUGAUUAGCUGCUUAGUGCAUAUGGCAGUAAGAAGAAUGAAACACAAGAAAUUGCUAAGAAAACGAAUAAGAAAAUAGAGCCAAGGCAGUCAAGUUAUGGGAUGGUCUCUGUUCUUCAUCUGCUGUUCACCUUCCUUUAGAAUCACAGUAGCUCAUGAGACGUUUUUUUCCCAAGUUCUUACCAAAUACAUGUUUCAUGUUUAAUCACGCAGGGCACUGGUGGGCCUUUGUUCCAAGGACUUCCACAUCUUUGCACAGAUUACACUCCAUCCCAUUCACUUCUGCAUUCCUGUAACUUUUAAUCCCCAUGUUUGUCUCACUUUUCAUCUGGUUGAAUAGCUUUUUUUAGUGUGGUAUUUGCUGUCAUAUGAUUUUUCCUGGGUGAGUCUGCCAACUCCCAGGUGCUGGUUGAAGUCCCCAUUCACUCCUUUCAUGCUGCCUGCAGCUAUAAAUGUUAACCUUUCUUUUGCUGCUUAUGGAAAAGUGUGUUUCUCUGUUGCUCUCUACCACUCUUAGGUUUUUGGAGAAAGCAAAGUGUUAGGCUCUAAAAAAUUCAAGUUGUGGAAUAUGUAAAUUAAAACUAGCCAAAAUUUGGUGUGCAAUCAACCAGCUGGUUGACCACUGAUCAGUGGUCAAGGGUCAUUUGAUAACAGCUACCAGCUAAUAGUUAAUGUAAAAGACACCAGCCUUAUUUUUUUUUUUUUUAGAAAUUACAAGUAGGAUACACUCAGUGUGCAUUUUGGGAGUGUGUGUGAAAAGAUUAUUAUUAUUAUUCUAAAAUACUACCCUAGGAUUUUCCUUUUCCACACUACCUACACAUAAUACAGACAAACUUGCAUAUGUAACAUUUUCAAUACUGUGCUACUUUUCACCUUAGAAAUAUUGUGAUGCUUUUCCCUAACACACAAACACAACUACUCACAUUGACUUUUCCCUUUAAAGAAAGAUACUGAUUAAAAAUAGUUCAGAUUUCUUUUCUUUUGUUUCUUAAUCUUUCCAGUCCCCAUUCUGAUUUUACCUAACAACUGUAAGUCAAGAGACAGAAAAUGAAAUUGUGUUGCUUCAUUUCAUUUACUUAGAAAGAGAGAAAAGCUAGAAAAAAGUGUGAAACCACAGUUUGAUUCUUCUCAUAAUCCUUCUGCAACUUGAAUUACAUAUUGCGGGAAACAUUUUCAUAUCAUCAGUGUGACAUUUACAACACACUUGCUAAGACAAUCACUGAAAAAAAAGUUGUGUUUCUGAGCUAAAAAUAUGCAGAAUUUCUGCCUAGAAUCUUUAUUCAGACUCUUAUUAGCCAGGGAAAACACUCACUUACCAACUGUAGAAGCAUAUUUAUUAAGUUCUAGCAUGUUUCAUUUGAGGAAAGACACCUAACUUAGCAAUGGCAAUUUGCCAUUUUGUAAACUAAUUAGAUAUUUUGGCAUAAGAUUUUUUAAAACUUUCUUCAAAUCUUCACUAAGUAUAUACUUUUAAAUUAUGAAAUAUUUUAAAUAUACAGGGAAAUAUAAAUAAUAAUAAUAAUAUAAUGAAUCUCUAUAUACAUAAACACCCAGUUAAAAACAUCAAAUAUAAGAAAUAUAGUCACAUUUCCUUGUUCACCCAUCCUUUAUUCCACAAAUGUCUUUUCACAACUAUGAAGAACUAGUUUUCAUGUGUGAAAGUUUUUUUUUUUUUUUAAUUUAAAAUGUUAACAUCCAGAACCGAAUGAAAAAUUAUCAGUGCAUGCUUUAAAUGGUGACCCAGGCCUCAGGAAUUUCAGUUAAAUUUAUUUCACUUGGAUAGGAAGCAUCAUAAAAGUGACUUUUAAAAUGAGAAAUUUUUAAACUUGCGAUCACUACAGCUCAUGUCAGUUAUUCUAAAUCUUCGGAGCUUUCGUCAUGUAGUUUUGUCUUAGAAUCUCCGAGGAUAUAAAUUUUAUGAGUUUCCUUAGACCAUUGUCCUGUUCUCACUGGCUUCUCUGAUCUUUGACCUUAUAUUUCUUAUAGUGUGAAAUAUAACGAGAUUUACUUAGGGGCAGUGUGUGAGUUUUAGGAUACAAUGGUAGCUGUGUUUCUGAAUUCCUGUUCUCUAAAGUAAAAGCCAGACUGUGCUAAUGACCUCAAAAAGCACUGACUCCUAGAAAAUUGGGGUGGCAGUCUAUUCUGCUUGAAUCAAUUCAUUAACGUGUUUACUAUUAAAUACUUUGGGGGACUUGUAUGGAGACCAAAAGUAAAGAGUCCAAUUUAUUGAGGGUUAGGUUUUUUGUCUAGUAGUCAUAUGUGUCAUAUGUGUUUUGUUGAAAGGAGAAUUUAUGAAAUACUGAUACCAUAAAAAAGCAAUAAUCUCCUAUUUGUUGUAUUUAAAUUCUUAUGUAACUGAAUGUUUACAUGCCAAAUGCAAAAGUUUUUUUAAAAAAAAUGCUGCCACAGGGCCAUCACUGUGGCAUUGCCACAGAAUUCUACUUCCUUACAAUUUUUAUAGCGCAUUCUUAUCACAUAACCUCAGAGCAUCUUUACCAAAGAUUUUAAUGUAAAUCUUUUAAUAGACUUACACUUUUGUAAUAAUGAAUGUGCACACAUAAUAUACAGAAAUAUUUAGAUUUAGAUUGUUUUUCUUUCACAAAGUCUACUAAGGAAAGGAUCCUACCAUAUUUCAUUCUAGGAUUUCUUAAACAUAUGAUUUAUUUUGCUUUCUAUUACUGUCUUUUUCUACUAAUCAUUUCACUUAAACAAUGCCAAGUCACUGUUAAGUAUUUUAGCUACAUGAAAUUUUGCCUAUAACAGAGAUACAAAGAUCAUAUUACCCUAAUGAUUUUAUAUUACAUUUUUUAUAUAUUGUCUUUAUUGCUAUCAUUUAAAUACACAAAUAACAGAGAAAGAUCAGAGUCUAUAACAAAAAUUUUGUAAAAAUAUACCUAUUUUUAAAUAUCUAUAAAAAGCACAACUAUUUGGUAUUUCUGUAUGACAGACACAGAAAAGACAUAGAAAAGGAAAAAACCCACUACAUCAUAAGCUGUACAGAUUAUUUCAAAAUAAGAUUUUUUUUUUCAGUGCUGGUGAUCAAAUCCAGAGCUUCAUGCAUACAAGGCAAGUGCUCUACCACCGAGCUACACCCCUCGCCCAAAAUAAGAUUGCUUAAUUACUUGGAUCCCAGAUCGUAUUAAGUCAGUGCAGAGUCUGAUUGGCAAACAAAAUUAUCUUUGAGACACAAAUAUAUGUCACAUGUCUCAAUAUAAGGUAUCGAGACCAUUAGAAGCUGACCUUUCUACAGUUCUUGGGAUGUAGGAUUUUUUUUCUUGUCAUCAACACUUGGCUGUAUAAACAACUUUUGAAUAUCCAGAGUCUCAAGGAAGAAAGAGAAUAGUUUUUCAAGGGGCUCUGAAAAUACAACUUUCAACUGUUUUCCUACCUAGCAAAAAUCCUAUUAAUGUGAACUGGCCAGGAAGAACAGUGUUACUUCUAUUUGAUACGGUUUGGGCUUCUCUUGUCAAAUCUGUGUCGGCUGCCCCCUGAUCCUUCCGUUAUCAACUUUUGAAGGCUGUUGGGGAAAUGAUGGCAGCUGCUAGGGAAAUCAGGGAAACACUGUUGUAACCUCACAGCCUCUCACCAUUCCUCUUGGCUUGGAAAGGCAUUUUUUUUCAUAUACAUUUCUAGAAAUAUUGCUAUUCUACCUUAGUAUUUCACAUUUGUAGUUUAAACAAGUGAUUGUCCAUCUGUUGCCUCGAGCUACAGUACAUGUGUGUUAUGAAUGAAAUAUGACAGCGUGUUCUAUCCCCCUGCUUUAGCCAUCUGUAGGAAACCAGCAAACUGAAAAAGAUAUACCUCUGCAAAAUGUGCCUCAAGUCCAUCCUGGGAUGGCUCUUUUGCUGUGCCUCCAUGAGAGACAGCCAGAAAGCAACCCAUAAUUGUGCCUUAGAAUGGAUAUUCUGCUGAAGUCUCAAAAAUGGAAAUCAUAAGCCCCAAAUCUCAAAGAUUUCCCCAUCCAAAACUCAGAAAACAAGCAAAAAAGCCAGCACAGUCUAAAUUUCUUAUCCUAACGUACUUUAGUAGUAGUUCUUUCCUUUUCUUUUUUUGGGGGAUGGGGAUCUCGUGGUUCCCUAAAAUUGUGAAAACAUUCUUAUGACAGAAAGUAAUAUAUUGGGUGCCACUAGUGUUUUAUCAUUUGAUCUUUAUUCUGGUUUUAGUCAAUGAAGACAGAUAUUUGAACCUCAGCCUUUAACACCCAUUGAGCAUAUCUAUUUUUUAAAAGUUGCCUUAGCUUUGUUGCCUUAAUCCAGUGUGGAAUAGAAAAAGUUGGGAAUCCGUAUUUGGAUCAAGUCAUUAGCAUGUGAAAACAUGCACAGUUUGGGCCAACUUAUUUCCUUGACAGAUAACCAGAAUGAAUUGUUUCUCAUAAGACUCUUCUUUGGGUAGUGUGCUUUAUUUACAAUCUUUGGGAAAUGAUUGACUAAAGCUAUUAUACUUUGGUGAGGAUUCUGUGUCUCCCUCUUCUUUCUCACUCCCUUUCCCCUUUGUUCUUUGUGUCACCUUUCAGUUUCACCUUCUUUCUUGUACUUCUCAAUUCUUCUUUCCAUCCUAUCUACUAAUGCUGCCAUACUUGGACUGUUCAUAAGUUAAGCCAAUGCAUUAUAAUCUUCUGGAAUUCAGGUUAGAUAAAGGGAGAAAGACUAUUGGAAAAUAUUUGUGGCAUCCAGAAAAUCUGCCUCUAUAUGGGCAAACUUCUCAGGUUGUGUUUAUUCAUAGAGUGAGCUGAAGUAAUAGUGUCUUUCCACCUUUCUAUUUUAGAGAAUUUUUAUCAGAGACUCAGGUAAUAGAUUCCUAGAAAGUUCAAUUAUGACUGAUCCAGUUUUCCUAGCUAUAUGUAAUCUAAGAGUAGGUUAAGAUUUUGUUUUAAAUCCAAAAUGUUACAAAACCAGAAUGAUUGUUUUAAUAGUAGCAUAUAAUUUUAUUCUAUUGAAACUUGAUAAUUUUACUUAUAGCAAAGAAUUAUUAUCUUUCCAGCAUUUAGCACAUAUCAGCACUUAGCUCAUGGAAAUAACAUGAAAUUCUGCUGAUUGACUUACAGUAUUUUUUGGAGGAUGGACCAGUACCAGAAUUUUUCUUGGAGCAUAGAAUUACAGACAUAUUUUCACUUAAAAACAAAAUAAUUUAUUAAUUCCAUUUUCUAUUAUACUUGCCUGUUCCCUGUUAAAAAGUUCACAGGUUCUGUUUUAGUUGGCCAACUUGGAUGUGACUCCUUUUAUGUAGAGCUAUACAAAAAAUGUAUUUUUUAUUAACAGAUUGAAAUCAUUUUUAAAGUUACUGAAAGUUUUCCUCUUUAUUUCUGAUUUUUGUUUAACUCAUAGCAGUCUCUAAUGCACUAAAAAAUAGCUCUACUACUAGCCUUCUUUAAAAACAAAAAUUAUUCUACAGGUUGUUAUGUACACCAAAGAAGAGAAAAUCUGCAGCUAAUUCCUUUAUAAUACUUUAAGAUUCUUACACCAAAUCUUCCUUACUACGUGUCUUGGUUAAAUUUUCCAAGAUAUUCACUUAGGGACAACAGAAAAUCUUUUUAUGUAACUCAUGGUCAUUCACCUAAUAUUCCAAGGCAGAAGUACUCAGUCAGUUAACAAUGAACUGAGAUUCCAAAUUCAGUUCUCAAUUUUAGAAGUAGAAUGUUCUACUAGGAAUAGAACAAGUGUUGUCAUGUUAUCUUGGCUCUUUCACAUGCAGUUUGGUAACUGGUCUUGCUUACCCCAAACAUCAAUGCUGUUCCUAGAUAAAUAUAAUCUCAGGGCUUGUAAACAUCUUAAUCUUCUCUGUAUUUUCCUGACCAAUUAUUGUAGAUCUUAAACCUGGCCAGUAUGUAACACUGCUCACAACAGUCCAUUUUGACUCUGGAACUACACAAAACCAACAUAAAAUCAAAAUCUUUGCCUUUUUAAGCUCAAUACCACCGACUCUUUCAACUUUCCCUAAUUUAUCAACAUAACAUCAACUUCCAUUUACUCUUCUGCUUCUCGUUUCAGCAGUUAGAUCCAAAAAUGCAUUUAAUUUUGUUUCAGUGUACUCGAUGAAACUUAGCAAUCCCUAUAGGUCAAAUAGGUGAAAACACUUUCUAAGAGUUGAAAAUAAAUGGAAUUGAAAUCAUCCAAAGGAAAUUGAUAGAAUCACCCAAAGAAAAAUUGUGCCAUGGACUCAGACCCAGAGAAAUAGAAAGAAGAUAAGACUAGAUUUCCCAUGUGUGUAAAAACAGCCCUGUUAUUUUAUAUUCUGUAUUACUAGGGAUGAUAUAAAAAUCAGUCAUUCUGAAAAGAGAAAGUAAGCUGAUGCAUAUGCCUCUGUGAUAGUCUCAAUUAUUGGUCAGUUCAUAAAGUUAUAGCUCUUUCCCUUUGUCCCUGGGUUCUCAAAAAUAAGACAUAGUUUAUCCAUUUUCCUACACUGAAUUUGGAGAGAGAGUUCUUAACACUUUUACAAAAUUCACAUAAAUAUCUACAGGUUGUUUGACUCAGAUUCACUUCCAUUCAUUCUAUUCUCAAAUAUUUGUACCCGAACUGUCACACAUUAGCCCAAGUGAUCAACUACCCUCCACAAUCAAUUUUGUAUGAUCUGUAGGAGUCUGUAAUUUCUCUUCAUUUUUGUCCUCCCAACUUCUUUAUCUCUUAUCUCUUUAUUUUAAUCAUUGACAAAUUACGGUAAGAGAAUCAGAUCCUAAGGAACUUUGAUUCAAGCCAACUACAGUAAGAUCAAUCAGGUUCAUUCAAUCUGUAUUUAUACCAUGGAACAGAAUAUGGCAUAAGAAAAAAUAAUUCUUCCCAGUGGCAUGUAAAGCUUCAUGGGAGGUCUGAGACCUUAUGAGAAAUCUUGAGUUGACUGAUGACCUGAUUUGGAAGUUGAAGGAAAAAUACUUAAAGUCCAAUUGGAGCAUGUAAGCUAUCAUCAAAGAAGACAUUCCGUCUUAGCCAGUAUGUCUCAGAUUCUGGAAUAUUCUCAACAGGGAGAAGGUCUUCCAUGUUUUCAGAAUCAGUGGGAUGGAAAAGAGGCAGAGGAGAGAUGUAGAAGUUAUUGCAUACUUCUUUCAUCUCUUAAUUGAGAGGGAAUAUGAGUUGGCCAAAAAUAAUCCAACACAACCAGAAUUAAAAGGAAACAGCCCUCCGUGAACGUUACUGUGACAAAAAAGAAUUAUUGCGGAUUGAUGGCUCCAUCCUCCACUCUUGCAGAAAAUAUACUUGUUUUUUGAACUUCUGCAGAAAAACAAGCAGGGCACCUCUAUUCUCUUAUGUGCUUUUAGGCACACAAUUAGAAAGGACUCUGUCCACUCAUCUGCUCUGCUGCUGUUAAAAUUCCAUCACAGUUGCAAGGCUAAGCGGUAAUCCAGAAUGCUUGAGGAGCACCUGUCCCAAGAGGCUACCACCCCUUAGGGUCUUUCACUUCCUCCAUCACUCUCUGUUCCAAGCUGUCCUUGCUUUAAAUCAGAACCAACCUGCAGAGCACAUGGUCUUCUUGGUAACAAAAAUUGACCUAUAAUACGUAAUGAAAUCCUGUCUGCUUCCUCCUCCACUUUCCUACCAUUAGAUUUAUCUUGUUUUUAAGAAAUGCAUAACUUUUUUAAAAAUUUAAAAAUGUUUGAUAGUUUUGAGCCAAAAAUUAUAAAAUCUUUAAACAGCCCUAAAAACCGAAUCUUUCUCUAAGGAUCAGAUAUUAGAACUGAUGAGUUUUACUAUUGGUCAUUCUUAGUCCAAAGACUAAGCUCUAAUAGCUGUCAGAUAGCAUCAUGCCGUUCCCCAGUAACCAACCCACGAACAAAAUAUUUCAUUAAUAUGACCUGUUGUUGGUGACUUUUAAAGUGCUGAGAAAUGUCAUUGUAAAAUCUUUAGCUCUAGCGAGAUUCAAAGGCAAAAUAUAGUGGAACUGUUAAAAACUCAUUAUUUCUGGUAAUUUCUUUUGUACAAUAGGACAUCAUUCUGGAAGGAAGGAAGGAGCUCUGCUUUAUGUGAAAAUGUAUAACUCUUCCAUCACUAACUUGGAUUGUUUUUUGGAUUAAUUAGUAUUCCUUAGUGUUUGGGAAGACAAAGACAGUCUCUCGUGCCCUAGCUUUGAAAUUAGAGAGCCCUAUGGGCAGAAUCUGCCAUCAGUUUCCUAAGCAGCACCUGGAGGUGGCUUUCUGAGAUGUAAUAUAAAAAUUCCUAAGAGAGCUUACAAACUGCUUUCACACGAAAAACAGUCCUGGGAGGAAAGUUAUUAAUAGCCGGAUCCUAGAAGAGAAAGCUGAAGUUCAGAAUUGCUAAGUGACUUGCCAAAAGCAAUAUAGCUGGUAAGUGGCAGAUUUGGGGAUGUGCCUAGGAGUUGCAAGGGCCGAGCCCUCUCAGAGGACAAUGCGUACUCCUCACAGACUCCUGAAGGUCCUUCUAGAAGUCCUCCAGGGAAACUAGUAGAAGCCAUCUGGUUAUCAGUGGCCAAUCCGAUGCAUAUGUGCACUGUGGUGUUUACGAUCACGUAGAGCCCACACACAUCUUCUAUGUCAUCUUGUGGGAAACCACUAGGUAUUCUGUGUGAUCAGCACUAUGAUGGAGUUGGUGGGGAAAGGCCACUGCUGGGACAAACAACUGGUGCAGAAGCACACAGCAGCAAUUUCCCCAGAGAGAGUUGGUUUACAUUACAUUAACCAGAAAACCUCUCGGAAUCCAUCAGGUUCAGAAUGUCAGCUGAGACCGUAUCAUUUAGAAUUCAGUGCUGUGCAGAGGUGACUUCAUCCUUAAGACAAGCCUCCCUGCCAUGGACAGGAAGAGUCCCCCUCCAAGGCACAUGAUGCUCAAGGACACAAUACAUAUUAGUCCCUCUGUCUCUGUCCCCAUUUACCAAGAGCCCAUCCAUGUUGCUGCAGUAGGUAGUUCUGAUCCAGCCAACUUGUGACCUCAAAGUGUAUGGACAAAUGCUAAUGAGACUGAUGGUAUUUCUGAGAUUUGGCCUCUGCAAUUUUAUAGACUGGGCUUCCCUGGCUGUUGCAAUUUUGUGAUUAUUAAAUAUAUCCUUCUCGCAAAUACUCUGGUACGAUGUUGCUUCCAGAAGACCUACUUGGAGGUCUCCAUGUACACGGUCAGUAGUUCAGCAAGUAUCAUCCCUCAGGAAACUGCAUUAGAGGAUGUGCUUUUGCUUUUCACUGACUUGUUUUCUCUCUCCUGGUUACUUCCCAUGAGUCAAAAUCUGUGAACAGAUUGAAUAAAUAUCCUUUCUCCACAUUAAAUCUCCUGCAUUAAAUUAGAGAAGCCUUUGAAAUGAUGCUACCUAGUAAGUUUUCUAAGCUUUUUCCCCUCUGCCUAGUCUGUCAUCCAUCUGUCCUCUAUCGUCAUUUAUCUCCUUUUCUCCCCUGGGAUUAAUGUCACUUUCAAUAACGAAUGGACUCUCACCCUUUCCCAGUCUUCUUAACUGAGAAAUGAGAGACCCCAGCGAGGCAUUCAAAGCUUGCAGGGCUCUCAUGUUCUUCUGAGGCUGGUGAAUGUUACAGCUGAAGGAACAGGAAGCAAUUUUCAAAACAUAGAUGGGAUCCCUCACCCUAGGCAUGGAUUAGUAGAAGCAGCAUUCGGAGUGCUUUUCAGAAUUAUCUAGCUGAGUACACCCGAAUAAAGACUCUCAUAGGUAGAACACUGAUGUCACGUUGGAGGAAAUAAAAUGACAGGAAGAGAUGACCAUGAAAAAGCAGGUCUUAAAAAAAUACUUUUUUUCAAAUAUCCAGCCACAAGCUGCAAUUUAGAUUUACAUAAUGUAAAGAAAAAAAAAUAUUUUCCUGCAUCCUUUCUUAAUAGUACCCCAGAUUUAUAGAAAAUUCAACUGUGAUGUCUUUCAAACACACAUAUACACAAUUUUCCAAGAAGGCUGAUCCUCUAAAACAGAAAUCUUAUUUUAAAACACUUAGGUAUUUUAGGCCAGGAAAUUAAUAAUUCUAGAUCUGACCCAUUUUUGUAGUUGCCAAAAAAGAAAAGAAAAAAUAUUUAAAUUUUGUAUGGUUCCAUUUAUCUUUUAAGUUAUGCCGAAGCAAUUUGAGGUAGGAUGGGAACUAAGUUAUCUAUUUCUCUCACUUGAUUCCCACUAUGUAUUUCUGUCUGUCAGGAAAAAGGCAAAGACCUAUUAGACCAUUGCUUUGGACACAUUGUGUUGCUGUUUUGUAUAGUACCUGCUUUACUUUGUUCCAAAGCAUAGGAACAAAUGUUUAAAUCCAUUUCCUCCAUCAUGACAGAGUAAAUAUUAAGUCUGAAUAUCUUUCCUCACCAAAUUAUUUAACUUCAUUUCUUUUUAUGUUUUUUUUUCCUCUUUGAGACAGGGUCUUGCUAUGCAGUUCUGGCUGGCCUUAAACUCACUUUGUAGCCCAAGCCAGCCUCAAACUUGCAGUUAUCCUCCUGCCUCAGCCUCCCAAGUUCUGGGAUUGCAGAUAUGCACCACCUUCCCCAGGCUUUUUCUUUUAAUUCAUUUCUAAACUAGUUUAGAAAAUGCAAAAUUGGAAGAACUAGUUUUCCUCAGGUAUGUUUCUAUAUUCCUCCUCCUGCUCCUCCUUCUCCUCCUCCUCUUUCUCCUCCUUCUCGUCUUCCUCUUUCUCCUUUUCCUCUUCCUCUUCCUUUCUUGGGGGAGACUGCACAUAAAGGGAAACCUUCUCAUCUCUCUUCCUCUUUGGGUGACAGGGAUCCUCACUUAGUAAUUAAAAACCAGAAGUAGGAGAAUAGCUUAGUCAAAUUAUGAUGUGUCUGUCCAACAUAUUUAGUUCUGCAAAUACAGACUUUGAGAGGAAAGGGGAUUUUCACAAUCUAAACACCAACAAUGGGAAUGGCCUCAGAUUUUAAAUGUGAAAUUAUAAGAGAGGAGUUGACAUUUGGGCAGUGUGUGCCUUCUACUAACCCUGUGUAGUUGCUGCUUCCUUUCUAGAUGAAUGUCAAAUGCAUUAAUAUAUCAGGGUUACACUGCCAAAGACUCACAGUCCCUUAGACCUCCCUGGAUAGCUAGCAAAUUGAUGCUAGCACAGACCUGGCCAUCCCUCUAGCUAAAGCAAAAAGUCUGAAUGGAGGUGUAUCCUUGAUGAAAAAGAUGUAGGACCCUAGAAGCCAAAUCGUGCCAUCAAUGUUUUAUGAUGGCACAGCAGCACAAUCGUUUUUAAAUGUCUUUCUUCCUUUUACUAACCAUUUAUUCCCAUGGAAAAGCUGAUGAGCAAAUUUUCCAAGACUUAUUUCCUCAUUAAGCAGAAAUAGAAUAUUUCCCAUCUAAGAACCUGCAUUAUGUCUUCAUUCUUUUUCAGGAAAUAUAUCAAAGAGCAAAUAGAAUUAAAGGUGACACAUGAUUGUCUGAUUCUUUAGCAUGAAUAAGAUUAUCAUAUAGUAUAAUCUGCCUUAAGUGAAAAUUUAAAUUAAGGUGCAAAACCUUGACAACUGAACAUAUCAUCGAGCUUUUUUGCAUGUUCUCUAUACAGUGAAGAACGUCAUUUUUUAAUGCUCUGUUUUGUCCUUUAACCUACACCUUUAUCGUUACUCUAAUAAUUGGGGGCUUCUUUCUCUACUGCUAAGUAUGGGAAUAUGUGCAAUUAUAAGAUGUACAAAAAAUGGAAAGGGAAAGAACUUUCUAAAUAGCAGAUCUGUGCCAAGAAGUAGAUGUAACACAAAGAUGCAGAACUGGAGGAUAGUAAUUUUCCCCAAGCCGUACACACCAGCUUUUAUUUCAUGGCUUUGUCGCAGGCUUUUCUCCUUCUGUGCCGUCACCUUUGAGAAAAACGAUUGCACCUUCUCCAAGUCUGCCUUUUUAACAGCUUCGGUUGAGUUGGCAAGACUUCCCCAGUUCUGAAUAUAGCCAUUUGCCAACUCUGGCCUCUUUGAAAGACUGACUCAAAUCUGUGAUCUUCUGUGCAGCAUACACAUCAGCAAAGUGAGAAGAUGAGCACUAAAUAUAGGCUCUAUUAACUUUACUUUUAGACUCACUGCCUUCGAAAAGUGCCUAUUCUGAGAAACAUAAACGUUAUCCCUACAUAUGUAUGUACACACGACACCCCGAGUCAUGCUGCUCAGCCUUCAAAAACAUACCAUCGGAAGAAGUAGGUGCAGAGAUAAGGAAACCGCGCCAAAUGCAAGAGAAUCACUCACUUCCAGUACCCUCCUGCAUGGCUACCGUGAAAUGGGCUGUGGGCACAUGCCCUGAGCUUUCCUUGAUGAUACAGACACUUGAUAUUUUUAUCCUGAGGAUGGUAGCAUAUUUCUGGGGUUUCCUGUAUUCUGCUGCAAGAAGAUAGGAGCUCUACGAGUUUAGAACAUCGAGUUAGGGGGAAAAGUGCUUAGGGAAUUAACAGAGCCCGGCCUGUAUGAGGGUAUGUGUCAUAUGUUUAUUUUACAAACUAAGCAUGGUGGGUUUAAAAUGUCAGCAUGUUUCUCUCUUCUUUUAUCUCUCAGGGUAACAUCAGAGAAAACUAAAGAAAAGACUUGGCUGUGGAUAUUGGAGGCUCAGGGGGCCAAAUGUCCCUGCCAGAUCUUUAGAGCAUUUUUACUCUUGCGUCCUAAAAAUAGUAGUAUGUGCUAUUUUAUGGCUUUUGUUUCAUGGUUCUAUCAGAACUAUGGAUAUUGUUGAUGAGGCAGCCAUGUAGCUUAAGAUAAUGGAUUCUUACCCAGUGGUGGCAAAAGCAGAGGGUCCAGGUAAAUGGGAUGAGAUAGACAGUGCGUGAUUGUAGAAGAGUUGAAGGGAGGACAUGAUUUCAAAAAAGAUUGUUCUCAAUGUGUCGUCUGACUCAACCAGCUGGCAGAUUACACUUGCCAAGUCUCUUCUUUUCCUUCUAAGUCAGUUGGCUCGAUAGUCACUGGAAUAUGCUUCUGUUUGAGGGAAGUGAGAUCUGUCCACCUAGCCUUGCUCUAAGAGACCUCUUGAUGUCCUCUCAGUCACGGAGUUGUCCUAUAGCCUGCCCACUUUUUCCAAGUGGAAAUAAAGGUAGACAGAUCUGAUGCCAUUGCAGUCAACCUCAGUUCUGCAUUCCACUGAGGGGACCCCCAUGAACCAGAAGUGAGGACACAGUAGAGCACCGCUGAAUCACGUCAAGGGCAGGACCAACUGGCCUUAGUAAACAUCAUUUUGUGAUACAAAGGGUUUCCUUGAAAGAAUAAUAACACUUGGUGUAAGCAUCUUCUCUCCUAUUGUGUUCCUCUUCUGAUUUUACCUUAUCAAAUUCAGUAGUAGUCAUUUUCUUCUUCUUUUAGAGAAUCAGCUGAGAGUGCCAGACAAAAGUUCAAAAACUCUCUGUGUGAUAUCCUAAGUGAGUGAUGGCGAGGUACCCAAAUUGCAACCCCAAACCCACUUAUGUAUUGCAAAGUACCCAUGCUGCUCCCAGGGGCACUGUCAGCCACUGCUUACUGAGGCUGUGGCAGAGUGGCUCCUGUGGGGACAGUGAGAGUUCUAGGUGCCCACCAUAGGAUGUAUGCCAAAGGUUUUCUAUCGCUCUCAUGAAUGAAUUAGGAUACAGAGAUUUUCCUGUUUGGAAACAAAACAACCACCACCAAAACACACACACACACACACACACACACACACACACACACACACACACACACACAAAGAUGCAACCUGGCUUUUGAUCGUGGCCAUGGAGAUAGAUUUCUGAGGGUGAGAUGAUGUUUACCAUGUGGGUAGAAUGUUAAGGACAGGAAGGGACAGAAAGAAGCCAGGCUGUCUCUGUGCUGAAUGUGUCUACUGAGUCCUCACUUCCUGCCAGCUCCUCACUACCACAGCCCCACUACCAUCAGCUGCGAGUCUGAGUAACACUGCCUGACUUAAGGGAAGUCGCACAAAAUCACAGAGGAUAUGAGUAUUUUUUCACAUGUGUGACACUGACAGAGCCAUAGUAUUCUUAAAACAUAGGUUUCUGCUUUUUGUUUUAUUUUGAGCAACUUGCAUUUCAUCAUUGUGUCAUGAACAAUCACUGAUAAGUCCAAAAUAGCACACAAGGUUUCUCAUAAAGUAAAGGGAGAGAAUCUGUUAUAAGCAAGUGAUUUGGGUAUUUUAUUUUGUAUUUAUGCAUUAUCUAACUCUAUCAAAAUAUGGUUUUAUUUACCUUCUAUCAGUUUCUUCUAUGAAUUGUUUUUCCAAUGUUCUAUAAGAAUGAAUAUGAAAAUUAUAGUCCUUUUUUCUGUAAAAGAAUUGCAACUACUUUAUUAUAUUUAGAAAUCCAAUAAACUUCUUAUUACAUUUA